CCGCACAAUAACUUGUGGAUUCUGGCGGAUCAAAAGGGAGAGGACGCCAAUAUGAAGCAAAAUGUUGCUCUGCGUUUUUAUUUCCCUCUCGCGAUGGCCAGAGAAAAUAUCCGAAAACUGGCCAUGGAAUUUUUUGAAAAUUGGAAGACGGGUAGAUUGUUGAGCCAUGACGGAGCGAAGUGGAUCGUCAAGAAGAAGAAGGUCAAAAACGUCAAGCCUGGGGUGGCCUACAUCGACAACGACAAGUUGGGCAAAAAGGAGGUGGUAUACAACGUCCCCGUGGAGCCGCCGACUAGGAAAGGCAAAAAGAAGAAAGAGGAGGGUGAUUGGUUCGUGCAAGUGCCGGACCCGGACGCGCAUUGUUGGAAAGCGAUGGAAUCACUCAUCGACAAUGAGAAGUGUCGCGUUCUGAAGAAGGUGCCUGCUUGCGAGGUCCUUUGGGUCCAGGCCGGCUCCCUGUCGUUGGCGAAGCUGGAAAAGCUCAGCGUGCAGGACAUGGUGCAGUUGGUGAAGUGCAACCGGGUGCUGGUCCAGUUGUGGAAUUACUACCAAUUCAAGCACGAGAAGAGGUCGGGCGCGGAUUGGAUCCAAAAGCACCCUUUCCUGAAAUCGAGGUCUGUCGUGUUCAAGAAGUUCGAAAGUUGGGGAUUGGAUGACGAUUUGUGGGACGGUAGCAGGAAAUACGUUUCAGACUCGACGUUGUUCAAGGACCGCCCGCCAUAUAUGGGUUGCGAGGAGGACCACUCGAUCGAGGCGACUGAAAAGUUGGUGGGCCACAAGAAGUUGACCGUCGACUGGAGAAACAAGGUUCUCUCCGUGUUGACUGGGAGUAGUUUGAAGAGUCAGGAGAUCGCACUUGCCGAAGGCAUUGUUCUCAUCAAAUGGAAAGACAUGGGGGACGUGACAUCCAUCGCGCCGUUCGGCAACGACCCUUUGGAGACGGACAUCAUGAGUGCAGAGGUGAAGGAAGCAGUGGCUGCCACAAAGAGCAACAUGUUCGUCCUCGAUCUAUGCGAGCCGGUUGACCUCAAACCAUGGAAACCCCAAUCGUGGGAGACUUUGAAUUCAUAUCUUCAGACAUGGUGUCCUUCGCAUUGGACUCUCGUUGUUUUCGUGCCGCAGCAGCAAAACCUCUCGUUUCUUGCAAGCAUGCAUCAUCCUUCUUUCGUAAAGCUACUGGAGGGGAAGUGGGUGAGGAGGAAACAGCAAAAGACAAGCUUUCCCGUGGGGAAUAAUUUGUACACGGAAGACGACUGCAUGUACAUCCUCUUCAAGGGUGACAAUCUGCGCGUCAACACGUCCGUGAUCUAUGAGGGAAGGCAGCUUAAGGGUGUCGUUGCUGCAGUGCGCAAGAAGGGAGAGGGUGUCGUUUUCCUUGGGAAACCGCACGCGCGAAGCGUGUGGGAACUUCUGAAGGCAGGCCGACACGUUGUCGUGAUGGAAGGGAACUCCGACCUCUUGCAAUUCACCAUGCAACUCGUCAAAAGCGAGGUCAAUUCAGGGGCGCACAAUUGCGAGUUCAUGGUCGUGAAGGCGCCCCCCAAUCGGGUGUGGAGCAACAAGACGGACAUGUGGUUCAAGUUGAGCGAGAGGAAGAGGAACAAGAUAUACGACUUUUUGUUCCUUCAAACGCGGCCGAGGAAGGACACUGACGCCGAGUACGUCAGCCGCAAGGACCACAUGUUGGCAUUGCUCGACAACCACCACUUCGCCUCGCGCAUGAACGCGAAGACCUUUCUCGAAAGGCUGCAAUCCCUGUACUUCGUGGAGUUCGAGAAGGAGUUGAAGUUAGGCAAUUACGCUUCCUUGAUCUCCACUGAUGAUGAGGCAGCCACCGAUGUGGAGUUUGACGCCAACGCGAAGGAGGAGGAGAGCGACACCGAGAGCCUUGACCUGCACCUUGGUUGCUAUCGGCAGCUGCUCCGGCGGAACUUGAAGUCCGUCGGGAUCCGAACUACGUCGGUUGAGGAGCCGCCAGAGCGGUCCGCCAUGCAAAGUCACUCAGGGUUGGGAACGCUAAGCCAGGAUCCGCCUGAGCGGGAGCAACGGCCGCCGGGAUUGCAGCGAGAGGCUACAAGUGCAGGGACCGCCGACACGGGGACGACGAAGUCCGCCGAGAUCCGAACUUCUUCAGACGGGGGGUGUCGGCCAGGGAUUGUCGAGUCGCCGAGAGAGGCAGCGUGCAUGGACACAGAAGGGCGGGCCUCGGGAUUAAACACGGGUACCGGGGACGGGGCUCAAUUGCAAGGAAGGGAAGUAGGGGAGGAAAUGGAGGGAGGAAAGGAAUCGGAAGAAGCGGAGGAGAAAGGGGAAGAAGGGGAGGAAGGGGAGGAAAGGGGAGAAAGGGAGCUCAUUGAAUUGCUUGAAGGAAGAGAGGGUGCCAGAGGGGACGUGAGUAUUGGAGACGACGAAGAGGACGAUAGUGAGGACGAUGGCGGAUCUGGAGAGUCAUCUAACGGGUUCGGACAACUGUACGGAGAGCAUCACGAGGAUGAUGUCAACAAUGAUGCCACGGCAACGGAGAUGGAGACACAGGUGGUUAGCAGCCUUUCUGUAGGGCCUGAUUACUAUGAGGUCCAACCACUGGCAUCUGCCGUCGAUUUGCAACACCGGUUCGAGGAGGCCCCUGUUGCUAUGAGCCCGUCUAAAGCAAGUCGUCGUAUAAGCAUCGACGAAGUUAUCGACGGUAUCCUCCGCGACCAGCACGUGUCCGCGCAUCCGUCCUCAACGCAUGACGGAGACGACGCCGACAACAUCACAUCUUCCGUGGCAGCUGCCCUCGCUUCCUCGCCGCUGAAAUCUCAGGGUCACCCUCGCCAGCGGAGGGGAAGGCGAGGUCAAAGGACGACAACAUGUCACGUCACCGAAAAAAUCUAGGGUCGCAGGAGCUCUCGACGUG